AUGUGCAUCCGGCUCAUAUUCAUCUGCCCUCGGUGCUUCUUCCGCUCCGGCCACUGGCGCAUCGAGCGGUUCGAAAGCCACGGCAAUAACUGCGCGAUUAUCCAGAAAUUCCAAAAGCUUAUGGAGCCGGAUCACUUUAAGAGAUGGUCAUGCGUAAAUAAGGAGUGCGGCUACAGCGAGGAUGGGAAAGAGAAGAUUGCCCAGAAGAUUGUUGAGGUAGAAGUGGAUCAGAUGAUUCGGCAAACUCGGCGUGAUACGGCCAAUACCAUCAUGAACAGGCCAGAGGAAAACCCGGACUUCGAGGAAUUCGAGCGUGAAUCGACAGUGCCUCUUUCGGGGGAUGAUGAGUCUGGUCAGAGCGGUGGCAUCGACGAGGACGAAGAGAUGGCCGAUGCCGAUCCGGAGGAAGAAGAAGACGAGGAAGAAGAAGAGGAAGAAGAAGAAGGAGAAGUUGAGGACUUUGUCACCCAUAGGGACAGACUUGUGGCCGAAAUUGCAUUGCGAGGUCAAGCGGAUGUACCAACUCGGUGGCCCCGGUGGUUUGAAGAGGAAGAUGAGCUGCUGACGCUUCUGCGUCAGCAUGGGACCCCAAUUAACGUGAUCCCGAAUUUCCUCGCUCGACACUCUAAAAAUGGGUGUGAUACGCGUUGGACCAAGAUCAGACGGCGACAAAUGGCCGGGAGAUGA